GAAACCGUGUCGUGCCGACUUGAAUUAACGCAUUUCUGAUUCUCUUAGCUACGUGCUCAUGGAGGCUUUCUGCUGUGAAAACUGUUAGCUACCCUUUUUCACAUUGUUAAUUGCUCAUCCCAUCCACUUCCUCUGUCUUCGUUUUCUGCUUUGUCCUUUUCCCUUUCACACUUUUCAUGUAAAGGUAUACUUUUCUUUCAUCCUUUCUUCCUUUCAGGAUCAAACUUGGCCGAUCCUUCUUCGUCUCUUCGCCUCCUUCGCACCCUUCGCAUCUUCUUCUUUAUCCAUCCCCUUGACUCCUUCUUCCUGUCUCUAUUACUCAAUUUUCUCAGCUGAUUAAUCGCCGUUCUUUGACUUUAACCGCGAUCCGUAUUGGUAUCCAGAUUUCCGAGCUAACCCUUUGCUGUUCUCUGAAUUCCCACCCAUUCUCAACUAAAUCAGCUUCUUCUGAGUAUCUCAUCGAAAAUGGGUCUGUGUUUGGGUAAAGGCAAAGAUUCAGAGCGAGACUAUAAUGGAUACAGGUCAGUUGGUGAAACCGGAGCGCAGAAUUACAAAGCCUAUGAACCCCAUGUGAAUCAACCGAAACCCACUUCUCAUCAGCCGUAUCAUUUACCCGAAAAACCCUCUGCCAGGGCUUCCCUAAAUCCUAAUAAGCCCGGUCACAAUACAAUUCUGGGGAAGCAAUUUGAGGAUGUGAAGCAAUUUUACAGGAUUGGGAAAGAACUGGGAAGGGGCCAAUUUGGUGUGACCUAUCUCUGCACUGAGAUUUCAACUGGCAGACCAUACGCUUGCAAGUCAAUCUCGAAGAGGAAGCUUACGAGCAAAGCUGAUAGGGAGGAUAUGAAGAGGGAGAUUCAUAUUAUGCAGCAUUUGAGUGGACAGCCCAAUAUUGUGGAGUUCAAAGGUGCUUAUGAGGAUAGUCAAUCUGUACAUCUUGUGAUGGAGCUGUGUGCAGGUGGUGAGCUCUUUGAUCGGAUUAUUGCCAAGGGGCAUUACAGUGAAAGAGCUGCUGCUUCUAUAUGUAGACAGAUUGUUAAUGUUGUUCAUAUCUGCCACUUUAUGGGUGUGAUGCAUAGGGAUCUCAAGCCUGAGAAUUUCUUGUUGUCCAGUAAGGAUGAAAAGGCACUUCUCAAAGCCACAGAUUUCGGUUUGUCGGUUUUCAUAGAGGAAGGUAAGGUCUAUCGGGAUAUAGUUGGGAGUGCUUAUUAUGUUGCUCCUGAAGUCCUACGACGCAGAUAUGGGAAGGAAAUUGACAUAUGGAGUGCAGGAGUGAUAUUGUAUAUCUUACUCAGUGGUGUACCUCCUUUUUGGGCUGAGACGGAAAGGGGAAUAUUUGAUGCCAUUUUGGAAGGCCAUAUCGAUUUUGAGAGUCAACCAUGGCCAAGCAUAUCAAACAGUGCCAAGGAUCUUGUUCGUAAGAUGCUGACACAAGACCCAAAAAAGCGCAUUACUUCUGCUCAGGUUCUUGAGCACCCAUGGAUUAGAGAAGAUGGAAAUGCUUCUGACAAGCCGAUAGAUAGCGCAGUCCUUUCCAGAAUGAAGCAAUUCAGAGCUAUGAAUAAGCUAAAGAAACUUGCCCUGAAGGUCAUCGCUGAAAAUCUUUCUGAAGAAGAGAUCCAAGGGUUGAAGGCAAUGUUUACAAAUAUGGACACCGACAAGAGCGGUACAAUCACCUAUGAAGAACUAAAGGAGGGAUUGCAGAGACUUGGCUCGAAGCUCACAGAGGCCGAAGUGAAGCAGCUUAUGGAAGCUGCUGAUGUAGAUGGAAAUGGCACCAUUGACUAUAUAGAGUUUAUCACUGCCACAAUGCAUAGACAUAGAUUAGAGAGAGAUGAGCAUCUCUACAAAGCCUUCCAGUAUUUUGAUAAAGAUAACAGUGGGCACAUAACGAGAGAUGAACUUGAAACGGCCAUGAAAGAAUACGGCAUGGGCGAUGAAGGCACAAUCAAGGAAAUCAUAUCAGAAGUUGACACAGAUAAUGAUGGUAGAAUCAAUUAUGACGAAUUCUGUGCAAUGAUGAGGAGCGGAAACCCACAAGGCAAGUUAUUCUGAAUCACGUUCUACAUUGCUCUGGGUGAAAAAGAACUCUACUUUCGUGGAAAGUUUCAGUCAUUUCAAAUGUAAUUUUGGACCCAAAUAUUACUGAAAUAUGUCAUUUUAUUUCUUAGGCAUGUUGUAAAGCUUCAAUUUUUAGAUUGGUUUUGAUUACAAGGUUAAGCAUAGCUGUGAGCCAGUUGCUUGUCUGCUUAAUUUUGACUUGUUUCGAAGUAGAAACUCACCUAGGAAAAUGGUGAUUUUUAUUUCAGGGAUAGGAUAAGGUUACAUAGCUUGUUAAAGCUUGAAAUGUAACCUGAGCUAAAAUGAUGUUUAUAUAGAGAUCAUCGUUCCUUGUUGUUUGGGAUGCCGUA